UUUACUCUGAAACGCUCCCUUUCAGAACACAGUUUGACGCUCCCUUUCAGAAUUCAUUUUGCUUAGGCUCCCUGGUGAGGCCACAACGUGUGAACCAAGUAAAUGCGUACGAGGCUCUCGCUGCUCUCAGUCCCCUCCGCUCAGCCUAUAAAUAUCGACUCUGAUCUAGGCCAUUAUAUCACCGUUGCAAAGCAGGCAGUAUUCCACUCCGACCGACACAGCUACCCUGGAAGCUUUUGAUCAUGCUUCGUUCUCUGCUUCUCUUGCUCGCCACUCUGCUGACAGCAGCCGUCAGCACCGGCGGCACCACGCCGUGCUCGCCGCUCGACCGGGCAGCGCUGCUGGCCUUCAAGGCCGGCAUCACACUAGACACCACGGGCAUCCUCGCCACCUGGUCCGGCGACGACUGCUGCGGCGGCGGAUGGGAGGGCGUUUCCUGCGCCGCCACCGGCACGGGUCGAGUCGUCGCGCUGCGUCUCGAGUCUCAACCGCGCCGGUACAUGGAAGGCACGCUCUCCCCUUCCCUGGGCGACCUCGAGUUCCUGGAGUUCCUGGUGAUCCGCGACAUGGCGCGGAUCGGCGGCGCCAUCCCGGAGACACUCUCGCGGCUCGCGAGGCUCGAGCAGCUCUACCUCGAGGGCAACGCGCUCACCGGCAUUGUCCCCGGGAGUAUGCUAGCCAAGAUGAGCUCCCUCCGGCACCUCUCGCUCGCCGGCAACCGGCUAGAGGGGACUCUACCGCCAGAGCUCGGCUCUGUCCCUGGCCUCGAACAGAUCAACCUUGCCGGGAACCGCCUCGUCGGCGGGGUGCCGUCGAGCUACAGGAAACUGUCUUCCAAGUUAGCCUACCUUGAUCUGAGCAACAACCUCUUCUCCGGCAUCAUCCCGGAGUUUCUCGGCAAGCUCAAGAACCUGCUUCUGCUAGACUUGAGCAACAACAGUUUCUCCCGGCCGAUCCCGGCAUCUCUUGGCGCCUUGCAAAACCUCACGGACUUGUCCCUGAGCCGGAACAAGAUCGGCGGCCGGAUCCCCCCGGAACUCGGCGGCCUCCGGUCCCUGAACUCUCUCGCCAUCGACGACAACAUGCUCACAGGCUCCAUCCCAAAGCCACUGUUCACAAUGCAGAACCUCUGGCGCCUAAACCUGUCAAGAAACAAGCUCACCGGCCCGCUACCCGACUUCUCCGACGCCGGCGUCAGCAGGAGCCUGCAGUGGCUGGACGUUUCGAGGAACGCCAUUGGCGGCCAGAUACCGAGCUCGAUCGCCGAACUGCAUGAGCUGGAGAGGCUAGACAUCUCCCGGAACAAGGUCCGCGGCGUCAUCCCGGCGGCCAUGGCGACCAUGGGGAACCUGCGGUGGCUGGACAUCUCCGGCAACGCCAUCGUCGGGAGGAUACCGGAGAACUUCAGUAGAUUGGCAGGCGUCCGGCACGCGAGCUUCAGGGGCAACAGGCUCUGCGGGCAGAUACCGCAGGCGCCGCCGUUCAACCGGUUCCCCGCGGCGGCGUACGCGCACAAUCUGUGCCUCUGCGGCAAGCCGCUGCCGCCGUGCAGGAAGAUAGGAUCAGUGUCCGGCGGAUUAACUACUUAGCUAAGCUAGAGAGGUCUGGAAUCUGGAUGACCGGCGAGGCUACUGACAGUACUGUGUAGCGUAAUUGUGAUUUGAGAGCUGUGUCUUGCGGACUGAUUCGUGUUUCGGAAUUGGCCUUGCGGACGUAGAAAUGGUGCUUGAUGCUUUGAUCGAUCACCGUCUCGGUUUAGCGGAACAGAGUUGUAUGAGUUGUCCAAAAUUGAAGUGUCAUAUUUUUGGAUCUCAUGACGGCGUCACAUCUCCUUCAGAUAGAAACAGAGUUUUGAGC